AUGGGUCCGCAGAAAAAAGUACCGUCACUGAAGAUCGUCCCGCCCGACGCAGGAACCUCGACUCCUCCAAAUGGCGAAGCUGACUAUGAUCAGUCCAACACAUAUCAUCCCGAUCCUCCGUCUCCGGAGGACCAUAACACGCUAGACAUUCCUCAUACACGGUCGAGAAGCACGUCGGGGAACUUGACCAAGACCGCCUCCACCGACACGAAGUCCAGCGAAAGACAUCUCCUUCGUCCCGACGAUUCGACCCUUCAUGGCGAUGUCCCUCCGUCGCCUUCAUCCACACUCCAGCUAAAUCCACGCGACAUUCCCAGCAUUGAAGGAAAUCCUUUUGCGUUCGGCCCCGAUCAUCUAGAGAAACUGAUAAACCCCAAAAGUCUGACUGCUUUUACCGCUCUUGGGGGUCUCGCGGGGCUUGAAAGAGGCCUGAAAACAGAUCGCCAUUCGGGCCUGGGGAUCGAUGAAGGGUGCAUAUCCGAUCCGAUUACAUUGGAGGAGGCAGUCUCGACUACAUCAAGAGGAGGUCCCCAUGAACCUGGUCGGCAAGGCCGCUCAGAGCCUGGCCAGCACGAUGGCAAAGGCUCCAAUGCGUUCGCAGACAGGAAACGAAUCUUUGGCGAAAAUGUGCUGCCAGAGCGAAAGUCGAAGUCGUUUCUUCAGCUGGCCUGGAUCGCCCUACAAGACCGAGUUCUGAUCCUGCUCAGCGUGGCAGCUGUUGUCUCCCUGGCCCUCGGCUUGUACCAAACAUUCGGACAAACACACCAUGAAGGCGCCAAGGUCGAAUGGGUGGAAGGCGUUGCCAUCAUCGUGGCGAUUGCCAUCGUUGUUCUCGUCGGUGCGCUGAACGACUGGCAAAAGGAACGGCAGUUCCGAGCACUGAACCGGAAGAAGGAAGACCGACUCGUCAAGGUCAUCCGCUCAGGCAACCCCAUGACUUUGUCCGUUCAUGACGUGUUGGUCGGCGACGUAAUGCUCAUGGAGCCGGGCGACGUUGUCCCCGCUGACGGGGUCUUCAUUGACGGGCACAACUUGAGCUGCGACGAAUCUUCAGCUACUGGGGAGUCGGACAUCGUGAAGAAACGACCCGCCGAUGAUGUCCUCCAGGAGCUUCUUCACGACAAGGCACCGCGGCUGAGAAAGAUGGAUCCAUUCAUCAUUUCCGGCGCAAGAGUCCUGGAUGGCGUCGGGAAACUUCUCGUUACCGCCGUCGGACAAAACUCUAGCCACGGCAGAACCAUGAUGUUGCUGAGGGAGGACCCUGGGCUGACCCCUUUGCAGUCUAAGCUGAACGUCUUGGCCGGUUACAUCGCGAAACUCGGCAGUGGAGCAGGCUGUUUGCUCUUCGUCGUGCUCCUCAUCGAGUUCCUCGCCCGACUACCCGGAAACGAGGAAUCGCCAGAAGAAAAAGGCCAAAACUUUCUCCAAAUUCUCAUCACGUCAAUUACUAUCAUUGUCGUGGCCGUUCCAGAAGGCCUACCCCUGGCGGUGACACUGUCAUUGGCUUUUGCGACGAGGCGGAUGACGCGCGAGAACAAUCUGGUCCGCCACCUCCAGUCUUGCGAAACCAUGGGCAAUGCUACCGUCAUUUGCUCGGACAAGACCGGUACCUUGACGGAAAACGUCAUGACUGUGGUAGCAGGCGCGCUGGGUAGCAGACCCGCACUGCUUUUCGGACAAGGCGGGGAUAGCGCCGGCAUCAAGGCAGAAGAUCCCAAGAAAGAGGGAGUAUCUGGACCGUCAGCAACACAUUGCGAAGGACCUGGGCAAUCGGUAAACAUCCAACUGAAUCAACUUACAUCAAGGCUUGACAAGAAGUUCCAAAGCCUGUUGAGAGUGAGCAUCGCCAUCAACACCACCGCAUUCGAGGGCAAGGAGGGUGAGAAACAGGCCUUUGUCGGAACGAAAACAGAGACAGCUCUCCUCGAUUGGGCCCGUCGAUGUUUUGGUCUCGGGCCGGUCUCAGUCGAGCGAGCAAACAGCCAUUUACACCAGCUCUUCCCGUUCAACUCCAGCCUCAAGUGCAUGGGCGCCGUGGUCCAGAUGCCGGAGCAGGACAGUGUCACCCACAGCCAACGGUAUCGGUUGUUCGUCAAAGGCGCCCCGGAGAUUGUCUUGGCUCAAUGUACAGGCGCUCUGGAUGACGUGACUGACCAUCCCUCUCGCGUGCCAUUCUCGGAAACGCAAAAAGAGGAUGUCACGCGCACCAUUGUUGGCUUCGCUUCGCGAUCCUUGCGGACUCUGGCUCUCGCGUAUCGCGACUUCAACGGAUGGCCACCCAACGCGGGCGAGGGCCCCGGGCCGGAGGCGGAGGCGGAGUCCACUGAGGUCGGGCUCACCGAUAUCUUCCGCGAUAUGACCUGGAUUGGGGUUGUGGGCAUUCAAGACCCCGUGCGACAAGGGGUUCCUGCCGCGAUUGAAGAUUGUCGGCAGGCAUCGGUAUCAGUGAAGAUGGUUACCGGCGACAACAUCGAGACUGCGAGAGCAAUUGGCAGGGAAUGUGGCAUCUUGGCGGAUCAACAUGAUGAGCAAGGCUCGGUCAUGGAGGGGCAACAGUUUCGUUGCCUCUCCGACGAAGACAAGGCAUCCGUUGCUCAGCGCCUCUGUGUCUUGGCCAGAUCCAGUCCAGAAGACAAGCGCAUUCUCGUCAAGGUGCUGAAGGACCUCGAGGAGAUUGUCGCAGUCACCGGCGACGGAACCAACGAUGCGCCAGCGCUGAAGGCGGCCGAUGUCGGUUUCUCCAUGGGCAUCACCGGCACCGAGGUAGCUAAAGAAGCCUCCGAUAUCAUCUUGAUGGACGACAACUUUACGUCAAUCGUCAAGGCCCUUGGCUGGGGAAGAGCCAUCAAUGACUCAGUCAAGAAGUUCCUGCAGUUCCAGCUCACCGUCAACAUUACCGCCGUCAUCAUCACAUUCGUCACGGCUGUUUCAGACAGUGAAGAGACUUCGGUGCUGAACGCCGUGCAAUUGCUGUGGGUGAACCUCAUCAUGGAUACGUUUGCGGCCCUGGCGCUCGCGACCGACCCUCCGUCGGAGAGCACCCUCCACCGAAGGCCGGAGCCGCGAGGGGCCUCGCUGAUCACUUUGACCAUGUGGAAGAUGAUCCUCGGCCAGUCCAUCUAUCAACUGAUUGUCUGUUUUGUGCUGUGGUUUGCUGGGCCCAGUACUCUUGGCUACCCAGAGAAGCAGCUCCGGACAUUGAUCUUCAACGUCUUUGUCUUCAUGCAGAUCUUCAAGCUCAUCAACAGCCGGCGCAUCGACAACAGACUAAACAUCUUUGAAGGACUGCACCGCAACUGGAUGUUCAUGUUUAUGAUGGCCAUCAUGGUCGGCGGCCAGCUGAUCAUCAUUUACGUUGGCGGGGAAGCCUUCGUCGUCGUCCGCCUCACGGGAACGCAGUGGGCCAUAUCGAUCUGCCUCGGCUUCGGGUCAAUCCCUAUUGGCAUUCUAAUCAGGCUGUUUCCCGACGCGGUGCUGCGAAAAUGCGUCGAAGCAUUCAGGCAGUAUUGGCCGAGGUGGCUGCGGCUACCCCGCAAGAAGAGACGAGACAAAGUUAAAACUCCCCCUGCAGAUGGCGUGGAGCGAUACAAUGCUGUCUUCUCGGACAUUCGGGACGAUUUGGACUUCCUCCGCAGGGUCAGAGGCGGCCGCAUCCGUGCUCUGAGUGAGGCGCUGGCGAGGUCACCCAAAGCAAAACCAUCCGACUUUCGACCUACAGUGCGCUCUGGCAGCAAGACCAGGAGGCGGAGCAGCUCCGCGCGGUCUUCGAACACGACACCAAUUUCGCCAAUGUUGUCGGCAGUUGGGAUGCCUGGCAUUGUCUUCGCCAGUGUCGGUGGUCUGUCAGCAGUGAAUGAGCGACCCCAGAAUCACUAG